GUUGAAGGAUUAGCCACGGCCACGAAAAUGGCCCACUUCUCGAUCACCGAAAUGCCGGACCUGAAGGUGACGGACACGUUCCCCAAGAGUGGCCGUGUAACCGAAGUUUGCAAGGAAUGGCUCGUGCGGGAAGACGGAGCAUUGGCCUAUCAGCUACAAAACCAAGAGAUAAGUGAGCACUAUAGAGGCAACAAACAGCGCAACCAAAUCGUCCGGCAGGACUUUCCGACCGCCCUCACGGAGCAGAUACGCGAGAAAGAGGAUGCCGAGCGGCAGGCGGCUCUCUACCAUCAAAUGAUCAACGAACAGGAGGAGAUGGACGCAAAAGUUGCUCGCGAAGUGGCGGAUGAACUGAACCGUGAGACGCAGCUGAAGCGUCAAAUGGAGCAACAAAGAAGCGAGAUGUUAGCGCGCCGGCUACAGGAGCAAGCCCGUCUAGGAGACAGGAGACACCAACCGGCCACCGAUGGUCGGCCUGUGCACAUGGAACCUUCGCCGGAACACGGCUUCCCUUUGCCACUGCCACCACGAACACAACCGAAACCGACAACGUCGCCGAAUGGCAGUGGUCAAUCGCAGCCAUUCCCGGCGGCACACUCUCCACCUGCGGUACCCCAGCAAUCACCGCCCGAUCUGCACUACGCUUCGCUGGAUCUAAACUCACCGAAACGGCCACCGCCGCAGCCGAUCUUCCAAAAUGGCCGUACCACAGACUACCACGAACCAUUCCCUCCGCCACCACCACCAAUAGCUGAGCCGAACCGGGCGGCAACGAUCAACUACCAUCAGUACUCGGACGAGGAGGACGAACCGACGGCCACCGACGGAGGUUACGCCAACGUUAACCUACAUGCACACACGCCGGAAAAGAAGCAACCGAAACGACCUCACCUGCCGCCGGUAGGCAUCGACAGCGUGGACAGCAUACGGCCCUACGAUAUGCCGCUAACGGUCGACCAUUACAAUGGCGGCGCAGGAUGCGGAUACCCGGCGUCGAUGAACAACAUAGCCGCAGCGGCAAGGGGCGCGGGAGGUCUCCCGGCCGGGGCUGCUACCCGCUACUCGCACAACAUUCUUCCCGGGAACCCAGAGCCGGAGUAUCAAAACAAUACCAACUUCAACAAAAUGUCCCCGGAAAAGUAUGUCGUUCCGGGGGCGAUCCCCGGACCACCCGGAGGCCGAUCUCAGACGGGGUUGGCAGCGGGCAGCGAGAUUCCUUCGUACUCGAUGGGUGAUGGACCGACGGGCGGCUACCGUCGGGCUGAGGCUGGUAUUCUGCGGAACACUGGCAAACCACCGAUUAACUAUAACCUAUACGAUGACGACGACAUCGAGGAAGCGCUAGCAACAACCCAGGCCGGGGGCCCAUCUUCCUCGGGUUACGGUGCUCAACAACAGCUACAACAUAACCUCAACCAACACAUUGGUCUACCGGUGGAGCUGGGCUCGGCGAUGAUGAUAGGAAGCCAAGGACCAAGCGGUGUCAGCAGCCGCUACACUGGCAGCGGUGGUGCUACACCGAAAGUUGGCGGCUCCGGAAUGGGUCCGUCGCAUCAUGCUCAGCCACCGGUACAGCAGCAACAUCUCUACCAGAACCAUCAUCAUCAUCAUCAUCCACAGGCAUCCACGUCGUCCCAUGGCUCGUCACCGAGCCACUCGAAGCACAGCAGCUACGACAAGACCGACCGCAUAAGAACGUUGCAGGACUUGGGCCUCGCUCCGGACGAGAUACAGGAGAUCGAUCAGCGGCUCGAGCAGGAACUUCGUGACGCGGAAUUGGCCCGGAAACUGCAGGAGGAGGAAGGCGAUGGGCUGGAUCAGGAGUUUAUCGAUCGUAAGGUGGCGAUGGAGGCGCAGGACAAGGAGCUGGCCAAAAUGCUCCAAGAGCGGGAACGGGCCAAAGCAAAACGGGCCCGGGAAAAGGCCCGGCUCAAGAAGGAACAGCGAAUGCAACAACAGCAACAACAGUCCGCCCCGAAUGGUGGCGCUCCCUUGGAUGGUGGAACCCUGGAAUCCAUCGGCGACCGAGGAGAACCGCCCUCGGCCACCGGUGGAGACGUCGGUGGACAAGAUGUCGUAGGGGACACUUCUUAUUCGAACCCGAUCGAUAUGCUUCAGCAACAGGAGCAGCAAUAUCAACGGCCGGUACACGGAACGGGUUCUUCGGGAGCGUCCAGCACCCGACAGUACUACGGAGCACCGAUGCCUGCUCCCGGCGCACUCGAUCCUCAUCACGCUCACCACUAUCGCCAGCAGGGCAGCAUCUCGUCGCAUGGCUCCGGUGCCGGAAGCCAGCAUCACAUCCCAAACACCCAGCAGACUUCACCUCAAGCGGCGAUCAGUGACGAAAACUACUCCAAUCCUAUCGACAUGAUCAAACAGCAGAGGCAACAGCAACAGCUUCUGCUGCAGCAACAACAGCUACAGCAGCAACAACGCGGAGGACCAAACCUGAAGCUGUCGGCCAAUGUGCAGCGGUUGAUUGAGAAUGGUCGCAAGGACGACGAAAUCUACGUUCUUCCCGUGUCGGAGGAGCCCGGACUUCCGCCAGUUACGAGUGACCUUCAGCAGGCCCCACAGAGAAGUCCUCAGCGAGCAGCAGCAGCACCAACCAGCAGUGGAACUGGCCGAUUGAUGGCCUCUCCGGGAUCGAGGAACCAGUACUUGGACGAUAAUAUCGCAGCAAAGAUCGAUCCCACGUUCGCGAUGGGAGGUUCCCUGGGGUCUCCGGGUACGGCCACCACUUCACUAACGACUUCACCGGUCGCGCACUCCACACAGCCCGAUAUUCUAGAGUUUUCCGAUCCCGGUUCGUCUAGUCCUGUGCCACCGUACAUGCCGAUACAGGGCACGCGGCGUAACAACACGGCCGAGGGUAAGAAGCGCAAGUCGAAGGAACGCUGCGCCCAGCAGUAGAGCCGGCGCGACGUAGGGCUCAUAGUAUGUUCGGAGCGGGCCGCUGGACGGGAACUCUCUACUCUUGCGUUUGUUUAGUGAUGCCAUCGCAAGGCGCGCGAUAAAAUUUGGGGCCGAAAGAUUAUGAAUCUAUAUUAUAUUUGCGUUUAUUUAUCGAAAAAACAUGGAUUAGUACGGAGGCAGCAAGAGUGUAAAAGUGAAACAGCUCGAACGGAGGUUGUUUAUUUAAUAAAAGCGA